AUGGAACAGAAUGCCAGAGAUUUAGAACUACGAGAACAGGAUCGGUGGUUACCCAUUGCAAAUGUCGCCAGACUUAUGAAGAACACUCUACCACCUACGGCCAAGGUCUCGAAAGAUGCUAAAGAAUGUAUGCAGGAGUGUGUUUCAGAAUUUAUAUCAUUCAUUACCAGUGAAGCUUCGGAUAAAUGCUUGAGAGAAAAGAGGAAAACAAUCAAUGGAGAAGACAUACUAUACCUGAUGUACGAUUUAGGGUUUGAAAAUUAUGCUGAGGUAUUGAAGAUAUAUCUUGCUAAAUACAGAGAGCAGCAAGUGCUUAGACAGGAGAGAGGUGAAACAAGACUCACAAAGAAGCAGGCUAAAUUGCAAGCUGCGCAACAACAAGCGGCACAAGAGGCUGCUGCGGCCUCGGAGGAGUCAGGAGAGACAAGAGAAAUUGAAGAGAUAGUGGAAAGCAGCUAUUAG